CCCAAAGAAGGACAAAUUAUUCAAAAAUACAUCCCACGUAGAUGUAAUUUUGCAAAAGAAGAAUGGUGAAAAGAGAUCUUAGAGCUACAAUUAAUAUAUUUUUAUCUUUUCUAUAUUAACAAUUGUGUUUAAGUUCAUUUGAAUAAGUUAUAAGAUUAAUUAUGAAUAUCUGUCAAAUGUUCUUGCCUGCGGUAACUUUGUAAACUUGAACUUUUUAUGUGCCUUAUGAUAAAAAUUUGGUUGUUAAGAUUUGUAUGUGCUGUAAAUUGAUUGUAUGCAGAAAACGUUAUCAUUUCAAUUGCAUUUAAAUCAAUUGAGAAUGAAGUAAUAAAUAAGCUAACAUAAAUAUAAAAUGUCAAUCAGCGACCAUAAUAGAGGCAAACAUAUAUUGAUAUUUACUUCGAUAAUAUUUUUUUAUUAUACUUUAUGGAUCAUCGGUUUGCCUUUCAUUGAUGACGAUAGAUUGCAAUCUUUUUUUUAUCCUCAGCAUUUAGCUUUAUUAAUACCUGCAGUUUGUGGUCUAUGUUUUGUCGGUGGUUUAGUAAUUUUUACGCUAUAUCAUAUAAAACCGUAUAUUUGUAAGAAAAAUAAAUAAAAAAAAAAGAUUGCAAUGUUAAUAAUCAAUUAUUGAGAGUGAUAAUUAUUCAGUAUAAUAACAAUAUAUAACAUAAAAAUAUACGAGCAAAAAUUAUUAUUAUUUAAUAUUACAGUUAUUACGGUAUUCAUAUGCAAUUAUAGAAAAAUUUGAUGUAUUAAGUUUAUUAUACAUUUAUUAUUUGUUAGUUAUCGUGUAAUAAAAUUAUCUGACAGUUAAACAUUAUAGUAAUCUAACAUUAAAGGAUUUUGUAAAGUUCAUAUGUUAUAUUUUAAGUGUCAAUGAUGGAUAGCAAAGACUGGUUAAUAAUUGGAAUUUCAGGAGUAACGUGUAGUGGAAAGACAAUGUUAGCCAAAGAACUGCACAAAAAAUUAAGCGGUUCUAUUUUAAUACAUCAAGAUAAUUAUUAUUUACUUCCUAAUGAUCCAAGGCACAUCAAAAUUGCUGCUUUGAAUCAUAUUAAUUGGGAGAUUUUAUCUAGCUUAGAUAUGGACAGAAUGUAUUCGGACAUUAAACAAUUGCUAAAUUCUAUACCAAAUGAUUUGAAUAAUGCUGGAAAGAAGUCAAAGCAAAUAUUAAUAUUAGAAGGUUUCUUAUUGUUUGGGUAUAAGCCGAUCUCAGAUUUAUGUCAACUUAAAUAUUUUCUUACAUUGAACAAAGAUGAGUGUUUCAAACGUAGGUGCAUCAGAACAUAUGAUCCUGCCGACGUUCCAGGAUAUUUUGAAACAGUUGUUUGGCCAGAGUAUUUAAAACAUCUAUCAACAAUAAUGCAAGAUGAAAAUGCAUCUACAGAGCUAAUAUUUGUUGAUGGAACGAUGGAGAAAGAUGAGACGGUUCAAAUGGUUUUAACAAAAAUUCAAGAUUUGUUAUCUUAAGCAGACUAUUAUUAUUUAAAAGAAAGGCUUGUAAAAAGAAAUUAUUUUUCUGCUACAAUAAAUAAUAAUAAGACUAUUGUACUUUAUUAUAAAGAUGGACCAAAAGAAAAAGAAAAAUAUAAUUCUAUGUAAAGUUUAAGA